UCGUCCGGAUAAGCGGGGCCGUCGUCAACCCCCGGUCCACUCCCUUCCCUUUCUCCCUCGCUCACAUGACCUACAGAGAUUCACAAUUCCCAUAUUUCGAGCUCAUGAUCAGUAGUAACUUCCAUAGCACUCCAAGCAGAUCUGUCCUACGCAACGAUCGAUCGAUCCAAGAGAAUGCGUGCGCGCGCGCGCCGCAGCAGCCUCGGAAAACAGCAGAGAGCUGAGCCAUGCUUCGGAGCCAAGCGACCCAUCCAUGCUACCGCCCCGGUGCCCCCAUAUAUAUGGCGCGACAGCGCCGUCGUCCUGCGGCACCGUCCAGCGAUCGUCAUCCAUGGCGCCGGAACGGUGGGCGCCGAUGCCGCCUCGUGUCGGGCUGGUGAUCUGCGGCCGUGGCUGGGUGCUGAUGACCAUGGCCCUUGCCGCGGCUGCUCAUCUCCCCGGCGCGAGAAGGAGCUCCUCGGGCUCCGCGGCCGCCGCCGCGGGCUGCGACCUGUUCCAGGGGAGGUGGGUGGCGGACAAGUCGUACCCGCUGUAUGACGCGUCGGCCUGCCCGUUCGUGCCCGACGUCUUCGACUGCCGCCGCAACGGCCGCCCCGACGACGCGUACCUCAAGUUCCGGUGGAGCCCCGCCAACUGCCGGCUGCCCAGGUUCGACGGCGCGGAUUUCCUGAGGCGGUGGCGCGGGAAGACGGUGAUGUUCGUGGGGGACUCGCUAAGCAUGAACCAGUGGGUGUCCCUCGCCUGCAUGCUCCACGCCGCCGCGCCAUCGCCCGUCCGCGCCACCCUGACCACCGGCGAGCCCGUCUCCUCCGUGCGCUUCGAGGACUACGACCUGCUGGUGGUGCUGUACCACACGACGUUCCUGGUGGACGUGGUGCAGGAGGACGUCGGCCGGGUGCUCAAGCUCGACUCCAUGCGCAACGCCAGCGCCUGGCUCGGCGCGCACCUGCUCGUCUUCAACACCUGGCACUGGUGGACCUACAGGGGCGCCAGCCAAGUGUGGGACUACGUGCAGGACGGGAACAGCACGUACCGGGACAUGGACCGGCUGAAGGCCUUCUCCAAGGGCCUCUCCACAUGGGCGCGCUGGGUGGACGCCAACAUCGACGCGUCCAAGACCAGGGUCUUCUUCCAGGGCAUCUCCCCCAGCCACUACAUGUCGAAGCAGCAGGAGGGCGAGGCCGGCGCAGCGGCGAGGGUGCCAGCGACUGGGGCAGGCGGCGGCAGCUGCCUGAAGCAGACGCGGCCGCUGCAGGAGGCCACGGACGCGGCGGGCGGGGGCACGAGCGGCACGACGCCGGAGCAGGGCGUGGUGCGGGGCGUGAUCGGCGCCAUGGCGUCGCCGGUGGCGCUGCUGGACAUCACCGCGCUGUCGCAGCUGAGGAUCGACGCGCACCCGUCCGUGUACGCGGGGCCGGGGCGGGACGGCAUGGACUGCACGCACUGGUGCAUCGCGGGGCUCCCCGACGCGUGGAACCAGAUCAUGUACGCCACGCUCCUGCAGCGGCAGCAGGGAUGAAACAGAUCGGACGCGCUUGAUCGAUGGUGAAUUGCUUUCUGAUUUAUUAUUUGUGACCCACUCGGCAUUUGUUUAGGUGUUGGCGCGUUGCUAUAGUUCUUCUGGAUACUGUAGGGGUGAUAGGAGUGGAACCUGAAACUGCAAAUUGCAGUGUGGCGUGAUGAUAGGAAGGCUGAUGGGUUGUUCCUUAAU